CAAGAAUACGCAGAUCAAGUCUCAAUGACAGACAUGAACAUGAGAGCCAACGCCACUCGGAACUUCCCAGGACGAACCUAUCGAUUCUACACUGGAAAAUCAAUCUAUGAGUUUGGCCAUGGUUUAAGUUACUCAACAUUUUCAAAAUUCAUAAUAUCUGCCCCUUCCACCAUACUCAUAAAGCCAAUCACCACCACCACCCAUCAGCCACCAAACACUCUCACUUCCACCACCACCAACGGCCAGGCCAUCAAUAUCUCGACGAUAAACUGCCAGAAUUUACAGUUCCAAGUUAAUGUCGGAGUGAAGAACCAUGGGGAAAUCGAUGGACCACACGUCGUGCUGGUGUUUUGGAAGCCGGCAAGCUCGCAAGGAGUGACCGGAAUACCAAAUGUGCAGCUGGUGGGGUUUGAGAGGGUGGUGGUGAAGAGAGAGAAGACGGAGAUGGUGACGGUGGAGUUGGAUGUUUGCAAGGAUUUGAGCGUUGCUGAUGGAGAUGGGAAGAGGAAGUUGAUAACUGGGCAGCAUGCACUUGUGAUUGGUUCUUCUAGUGAGCGCCAAGUGAAGCACCAUUUCAAUAUUAGGGUUGCAAAUAGUGAAGAUCAAGGUAGUCUUACAUGUAUGUAAUAUCACCAUUGGGUUCAAAAAAACAAAGAGGCAGGACUAAUGUUUAUUUGAGCCAUGUUGGUUAGGUAGGCGUAGAAAGAAGAAUAACUAUUGCUCCAUUGUGAGUUUCGAUAUCACAUUAUUACUAUCACG